AUGCCGACUUUUUUCGUUGGAUUGCAGCAUGCAGCAGCUGUGGUUGAUGAUAAGUUAUACAUUGCCGGUGGAAGUCGUAAUGGUCGGUACAUAUCUGAUGUUAAGGUUUUGGAUCUUGGAAGUUUGGCAUGGUCUGCUGUAAAACUGAAUGUGGAACCAAAUGCUGAUAAGGUGGAAGAUAGUAGCACACGAGAAAAACUUCCGGCUUCAUCUGGUCACAGUAUGAUCAAGUGGGAAAACAAACUUCUUCUCAUUGCUGGCCACUCUAAGAAUGUUUCUGAUAGUGUGACAGUGCGGUUCAUCGAUCUUGAAUCACAUCAGUGUGGUGUUGUAGAGACUUCUGGAAAAGUUCCGGUAGCUCGUGGUGGCCAGUCUGUCACCCUUUUUGGUUCUAAAGUUAUAAUGUUUGGUGGAGAAGACAGGGGAAGACGUUUGCUAAAUGAUGUUCAUGUUCUUGAUCUUGAGACAAUGACUUGGAAUGUCGUGGAGACUACGCAGACGCCUCCAGCUCCAAGAUUUGAUCACACAGCUGCAGUGCAUGCACAACGCUACCUCCUAAUUUUUGGUGGUUGUUCUCAUUCACUAUUUUUCAACGAUCUUCAUGUGUUGGACUUGGAGACGGUGAGUAUUUAUCCAUUUCAGAUACUGUCUUGUUUUCAAAUCAGAUGGACACAUGAUGUCUUAACUCUUGGUGGUUUCAUUUUGAUCUAUCAUGAGAACAGAAUGUCUAGCUACAACACUAAAAUUAUCGUAUUGUCUAUCCCUACUACACUAAGAGCCUUUUAA